UAAGGGGGGGCUGCCUGCAUGGAAAGGGACUUCCAGCAGCUGCCUCCACUGCCCUGAGCUGUGAUCAUGGAACUUGCCCUGCUGUGUGGGCUGGUGGUGAUGGCUGGUGUGAUUCCAAUCCAGGGCGGGAUCCUGAACCUGAACAAGAUGAUCAAGCAAGUGACUGGGAAAACACCCUUCCUUUCCUACUGGCCCUACGGCUGUCACUGCGGACUAGGUGGCAGAGGCCAGCCCAAAGAUGCCUCCGACUGGUGCUGCAGGACCCAUGACUGCUGCUACGCCCACCUGAAGACCCACAGGUGCCGCUUCCACAUGGACCAUUACAGAUACAACUUUUCCCAGGGGGAAAUCCACUGCUCUGACAAGGGAAGCUGGUGUGAGCAGCAGCUGUGUGCCUGUGACAAGGACGUGGCCUUCUGCCUGAAGCGCAACCUGGACACCUACCAGAAGAAACUGCGUUUCUACUGGCGGCCCCACUGCCAGGGGCAGACCCCUGGGUGCUAGGAGAAGCCCACACCCUCUACCCUGUUCCUCAGCAUGGAGCUCCAGCGUCCCCACCCCAGUAUCUAACCUAAACCAGCCUGGCUUUUCAAACACUCCUAGGGGAGGUAGUCCCUGCCUCCCCUGAACUCCCUACCAGUGCCUGCUGACCUUCUGAAGCUUUCCAGAGCCUCCCAGUUGAGGCAGCAGCUGUGUCCUCUGAGGGUGGAUGGGAAUCUUGGGAGAAGCCCAAGCCAGGGAGCCCUCAGGGAUGGUGUUUGGACCAAAGCAUCAGGGUGGGGGGAGGGGUCUGUGGCUGUCCCCCACCUGCUGGCCCCCCACCGGUCCUUUCUCACCCCUCCAAUGUAAUCUCAGAUCUGCAACUGGAACAGCCACUCUCAAGGGCAAUAUUGAUCUUUCUGUCCAUGUGGCUGUCUCUCUUAAAACCUCAAGGCCUUCCACUGUCGUAAGGUAAAGCCUCUCAUAGGUGUUGGGGACCCCACACAGUUGGCCGUGUGACCCUCUCCCCAGGCAGGCUCUGAAGUCCCUGCAGGUGGAGACCAUACCUGUCUUAAACUCAGUUGCAUCCCUGGUGCCGAAAGCAACACUCAGAACGAAGAAGGAGCUAUGGAAAUCCCUCUUGGGUGAAGCACUAGACAAGCUCUGUGGCUGCAGGCACCAGAACCUUGAGUACUUUGUCCAGCCUACAAGCACUGGCUCAGGGUGAAUUACCAGGGGCUACUGAAUGGCUAUUACUUUAAUCACCACUGAUCCCCACCUCCUUGGGGUCAAAGGGCUACUUUCCGGAAGUCUCCCCGGGCUGACUCCUCCUCCCUGGCUGCAAGGGUUCACUCCCUCCUCCAGGCUCCCACAGCUUGGCUUCAUGGCUCUGCCAUUACCAAGCUUGGCCUAGGGUGGCAAAUGGAACUUCUCUGAUCUCCCCCAACCAGACUGGAGCCUCUGGAAGAUGGAGACCAUGUCUUUGCCAUCUCUGUUUCCCCUGUUUUCCCACAAACAAGGUGCUCGAUUCAUGCCUGUGGUUGGGGUGAGCCCACAGCGGAUACACAGAGGUUACAGCAGACGGCAUGGAUGACCACUCAGAUCCCCUCCAGGCCCAAGACCCGUCUUCCAGAGUGAGGCCAGGUGUUGGCAGCCAAGUGCUCCAAUCAGCCUCCUUCUCCUGAGCAUUGCCCUGGUCUACUGAGAGCUACUGGGCCCCCACCCUACCCCUCCCAUCAAGAGGCCACCUGUCACCCAUGGCCAGGAGAGACUGAUACCAUGGAGGGUACAAUUGCCACCCCACCCCCUCCCCACCACCUCUGUGCAGGGCCAUCUGGAUGGAACAACACCCUCAAGUUCCUCCUGGGAUCAGGCUGAGGCCAGGCCUCUCCUGGAACCACCUCUCUGCUUGGUCUCACCCCAUAGCCUAUCCAGUUUUCCGGGUUCCUGCUCAGGUUUCUCCAGAAAGUACUUUCUCAGUAAAGUGUUUGCACAAGAA